AUGAGCACAUAUUUACGAUUAUAUAUGGUUAAUGCCAUGUUUUUUAUAAUUGUAUUGACAACAUUAGAUAGCUACUGCAAAAAUUGUAUCAGAGAUAGAAGUGGGUGCCCACUUGCGUGGAUUUCAAUUGGUAAUUACUGUGUUUCAGCAAGGGGCGAUAGGAUGUCAAAACUGAGUAGUUUAUCCAUAAGUAGCGAACGAAAUGGCACAUCAUUUGAUUCUGAUCAGAAUUGGUUUAUUGGAGGUAUCGAUGGCAGAAGUGUGCCAGUUUGGCCCUGUAAUGACGGGGAGGCCAUACUAUCGGAAAUGUUGGAGAUUGAGACUAAGUUUUGGAAUGGGUUAACACACUCUGGCCCUGUAAAUCCUCAUAAUGGAAACAUAACGUCCUUUGCUAUUUAA